AUGGCUCCCUCCUGCGGCCUGAUAAUCGCAAGCUCUGGAGAGCCGGUUCCUCUAAAGGGGAUCUCGGUGGACGUCCAGGUGAAAGGCUUCGUGGCCGACGUAUCUGCUACUCUGAAGUAUAAGAACUUGGAGGAGAAUGCGGUGGAAGCCGUCUUCGUGUUCCCCAUGGAUGACGACUCUGCCGUCUACAGCUUUGAGGCGACGGUGGAAGGGAAGAAGAUUGUGGCAGAAAUCCAGGAGAAGGAGCAGGCUCAUAAAACCUACGAUGAAGCCGUCAGCCAGGGCCAGCAGGCCUUCCUACUGGAGGAGGACGAGAGCUCCGGGGACAUCUUCAGCUGCAGCGUGGGGAACCUGCUCCCGGGGCAGGAGGCGGAGGUGACUCUGUGCUUUGUGCGGGAGCUGCCGGUGGAGGCGGAUGGAGCGGUGCGUUUUGUGCUGCCGGCCGUGCUCAACCCCAGAUACACUCCAGAAGACCACGAGAUGAAUGUUACAGCCAAACGCCCAUAUGUGCCCGUCGAUCAGAUCCAGUACACCCUGAGCUUGGAUGCCAGCUUCCAGUCCCCGCAUGGAAUCUCCAGGAUUGAGUCAAACUGUGACAUCACACCAGUCCAGUACACCGAUAACGGCAAAACCAGAGCCGAGGUGUCCCUGACUGAGGGACACAAGUUUGAUCGAGAUGUGGAGCUUCUUGCCUAUUAUACGGAGGCGAACAAACCUAGCGUCACUGUGGAGGCGGGGCUUGUGAAUGCUGAAGCAGGUUCCCUCUUGGCCGACCCUGUGGUUAUGCUGAAUUUCUACCCCAACCUCCCUGUGAUAGAGGGGCCAUCAAACUGCGGGGAGUUCAUCUUCCUGGUGGAUAGAUCUGGAAGCAUGACGGAAAAAAUGAACUCCAAUCCUAAUGCCCCGCAGAGAAUCCAGAGCGCCAAAGAGACGCUGAUCCUUUUGUUAAAGAGUUUACCGCUUGGUUGCUACUUUAAUAUCUUUGGUUUUGGAUCCCAUUUUGAAUCUUUCUUUCCGGAGAGCGUGGAGUAUACCCAGCAGUCCAUGGACGCCGCGCUGCAGAAGGUCUCAGAGAUCGACUCCGAUUUUGGAGGAACAGAAAUCUUACAGCCAUUGACCAAAAUCUAUAAAAGCGCUGGGAUAGCAGGGCACCCGCGGCAGCUCUUUGUAUUCACGGAUGGAGAGGUUGGGAACACCACGCAAGUCAUAUCAGAAGUUAGAAGGAAUUCUAAGCAUCACCGGUGCUUCACGUUUGGCAUCGGGGAAGGCGCCUCCACGGCUCUUAUUAAAGGGAUGGCCCUGGCCGGAAACGGCACCUGCAAGCUCAUCACCGGAAGAGACAGAAUGCAGCCCAUGGUUCUCCAGUCCCUAAAACAUUCCCUGCAGCCCACCGUGAAAGACGUCGUCCUGAAAUGGACCCUCCCUGCGGGCCUUGAGGCGUCUCUCCUCUCGAGACCUCCGACAGCAAUUUACCAGGGUCAGCGAUGUAUCAUUUAUGCCCACCUAAAGGGACAGAUGGGUAAAGAGUCCGAGGGCGACGUUUGCCUGGAGUAUAAAUACAAUGAUGACGUUUUCCAAAAUAUUCUUCGGUUUUCCUGCCGCUCUGCAGACGCUGAGAGACCGACCGUCCACAGGCUGGCGGCCAAGGCUCUGAUCUCGGAGCUGGAGAACGGCACAGACUCCGACUCGGAGGAGGCGAAGAAGAGGAUCCUGGAGACCAGCGUCCAGUCCGGAGUCAUCUCCUCGCUCACAGCCUACGUGGCCGUCAAUAAAGACACCAAGAAGCCGGUGGAAGGUCCUCCGAUGCGUCGGGACAUCCCGGCUCCAAGACCCCGUAAUAAACGCAUCAUUAAAAUGGCGUCAUUUAAGGAGUCCCCCGAAGAACUCUUUGAGCUUUGCUGCGACUCAACGCAUGUGACCUUCAUCCCAGAAAGUGCCGCGUGUGACGCGCUGGAGCCCACCGCUCUCCUGAGACUCAUCUCCCUGCAGAACGCGGACGGCUCGUGGAACCCAACCUCGGAACUGCUGACGGCUCUGGGAAUAUCCACGGACUUUCAGGAAACCCUCCCCGAUCCGGUCAUGGAUGUUGCGGUUUGGGCCACGGUGCUCGCUGUGAUCCGGCUCCACGCAUCCCACUCCCCGGACAGAGCGGAGUGGGAGCUCCUGGAGGGGAAGGCGCUGGCGUGGAUCAGACCCAGAGCAGGCACGUCUUUGACCGACCUGAUCACGGCCGGGAACGAGUUGCUGAAAUCUUCAGUGGAUCCCAAAGUUUUUGGCCUUUGAGAGGAUUUCCAUGUAACAAUCGGGGAGCGAUUUAACGAUGGCGCGUUUCCUCCAGAUAGCUUAGGUUUUCCGCAGUUCAGGACGUAUAGGGUGCUGCUUUCCUUCAGCUGACGGACAUACUGCUCAGUAGGGUUGUUUUUUAAUCAAAGUUUAAAAUACAUGACAUAUUACAUUCUGACAUUUUUCUUCCCCGAGUCCUGCACCGGUAUUAGAUUAGAAAAUGUGAACUGCAACAUUUACGUAGCCAAUCAGGAGGAAGUCAGGUGCAUGCUGGUUAAGGGGAUGGAGCGGGAGGCGUUCGAAGCAUACAGGAGAAAUGGUGGAUUAUGUACCAUUAAAAUGAAUUAAAAUUAUCAUUAAUUAA